AUGCCGGUGAAACGUCCGGGGAUGUAUUACGUCCACGCCCCCACUGAUUCUCGAUGCGCCACUUUGAUUCAACUUGCACCUUCGCAACUUUUGUCUACUGGACGUCCUGUCUCAUCUUUUCGGCCAUCAUCUUCCUUGUACGUUCCACCACCACCUGGCACUGUUUUCUGCCCUGUGUCUAUAUUCCCGAACCUUAUACAGCCCUCCUCGUUGAAAUCAAACUCAAAUCCAGACCCAGCUUCGAGCUUAUACCAUCAACAUCGUCAUCAACAACAGCUGUCCAUACUUUCCACAAAUGAGCUACUUAGUGACUCUGUCGGACUAGCAAACAUAUUCGUUACCACAGCGACUGCGCCAACGGAUCCCAUGCCAGUCAGCGCCCCCAUCGAUAUAAUUACCGCCCCUCUUAACAAAUCCGUCACCACUGUGGCCCCCGCUCCCCCUAUUACUCUGACCUCCAGUGGCCCCAGCUUAGCUGGCCUCUCGACUACUGCCGCCGACGCAUCCAACACUACUCUGAUUGACUGCAUAUGCAAUGACUGCCAAGCUACCGGAGCUUAUUCUUGCUUACCCUUGCCACAUUAUCAUCUGCAUCAUCACAUGCAUCACCAUCUCUAUCAUCACAUCUCUCUUUCUACUGGCCUGCCUGGUCGGCCAAUGUCUCCUGUCCUGCAGCAAGCCUAUCCUUACACCAACACCAACACUACUAAUACCCCCACCAUCACCACCAUUUCCGUUUCUUCGUCGCCUUCUUCAGGACUGGAAUCUGAUGGAGUUAAGUACAUCCCUGGAUCUGGGGUGCUAUUUCAUCGCUCACGACAACCACCA